AUGUUUAUAAAAAAGAUAAAUAUCAAAUAUUUAUCAUUUUCAUUAUUAGUGUAUUUUAUUUAUAAUACAUAUGUUUACAAUACAAUAAAGCUUCAAAAAUGUUAUAAGCAUGAAUAUAAAAAAGGGAAUUUCUUCAUUUCUUCCUUGUUAUUAGACGGAAAAGAUUUAAGAAGAAGAAAUAAAGGCAUUGUAAAUUUUAUAAGAAAUAAUAUUAUUACAACUAAUAAAUUUAAAUUUAAUAAGAAAAAAAAUGUACAUGAACAUAAUAAUUUCCUAUUGAAAAGUAGAAAAUGUGAUGGUUAUAGAAAUACAAAAGAAGGAAAAGAAGAAACCAUUAGAAAAAUAAAACGAAUUCUAAAAGUUACCAAAUUAUUAAUACAAUUAAAUAGUUUUAAAUUAUCACCGAAUUUACGAAUGGAUUUAUUAAUUAAUAUGCCUAGACCUCAUGUACGUAUGCAUAUGGUAAAAAAUACGUUGAUGAAAUUAUCAGUAAAAAAUACACCUUUUGAAGCUAUUACUCCACAUUUAAAAGAAAGUAAUGUAUAUUUAUUUAUAAUGAAUGAAAAUUAUAUAUCAUUUACACUUUAUAGAAAUAAAAUGUUUAGCUCUUUAUAUAAAGAUUAUAAACUUAAUAACUUUAUUAAAGUAUCAGUUUAUGAAAAUACUAUACUAAAUAAAAAAGAAACAGAAGAUCUAAUUAACUUAAAAUCUCAUAAAGUAUAUUUUGGACACGUUGUUAAUAAAAUUAAUAAUAUAAUAACAAGUAUACCGAAUUCUAUAUUACAAAUACCAUCAUCUAUAGCAAGAGGAAUUUAUUUAAAUACACAAAAGAAUCAGUAA